GAGUACACUGGGUUGUAUUUACAUCUCUAGCGGCAGAAAAGUGCAGAAAAUUUUCAGAAAAUUGUAAACGGAAAAUUAGAGAUUGCGUACAGUUAGAUCUGUGUGCCAUGGAUGUGAGCUUAGAGGAGAGCAUGGAUAGUGAUCGCGCCAAUUCGCCGAUUAGCAAGGCGGAGGCGAGGGAAACUCCACCAGAAGUCGGUCUCAAUGGAAACGGCAGUGGUAGUAGUAGCGCCAGCCAGGAGACUUCAAAUAAUGGCGUUGCUAUAGUCAAGGAAAAACCCAACGAGGCCCAUUGGAGCAAACCCUUCAAUGCGUUUAGUGGUCGUCCCAUUGGAGAGCACACAGCGCAGCAGCAGGCGCUGCAGCAGCAGCAACAACAGCAGCAACAGCAGCAGCAACCGCCGAAACAGCAGCAGUCGCAGCAAGCUCCUUCUGGAGCAAAUGGCGUCACUGGACCCCCGGAAAUUUGGGUGGAAACCAAGGCGGAGGACGGUCGUUCCUAUUAUUACCAUGCGGUAACUAGGGAAACCACCUGGUCUCGACCGGAUGGGCCCGCUGUUAAGAUAAUGACCCAGACGGAGGUAGAGGAGAUGGCCAAGCGACCUGCCCAGGCAGCCAAAACGGAAGCCAAGGUAGCCGAGACGCCUGGCGAGAUUUCGGCUGUGUCAUCACAUCUUACUUCGCAACCGCCGCCGCAUCUGAUGAGCCAGCCUCCACCAAAUGCGGCAGCGCCGUUGCUUUCCCAGCCGCCACCAAAUGUGCGCCAACAGCCACCACCAAUGUUCCAGCCACCUGGAAUGCAGGCGCCACCUGGGUUUGGGCAGCCGCCGUUUUGUAUGCCGCCUCCAGCUUACGGAUUUCCUGGAGGACCGGCACCAGCUGGAGCGCCAUGGGGCGUGGGCAUGCCACCUUGGCAGCAACAGCAGCACAUGCAAGACAAGCCAGCUAAGUCACUUAUCAUCAAGCCGGGUGUAAUCGAUCCGGCGGUUAUAGCACGAGCAGCCGAGUGGUCAGAGCAUCGUGCUCCCGAUGGAAGACCGUACUAUUUUCACGCUGGUCGAGGGGAGAGUGUCUGGGAGAAACCGCAAGCGCUGAGGGACAUGGAGGCCGCUCGCAUGGCUGCCCACUCGGGCGUGGCGCCCGCUGUGACAACAGCUCCGUCUGGACUACCACCACACUUGCUACCCAAUCCUAUGAUGCAUAUGCCACCGGGAUCAGCGCCGCCAGGAUUUGAUCCGCAUGCCGCUUUUGCGGCUGCUGCUGCAGCAAUGAAAGCGAAUUCAGAAAACACCAAGGCUGCGCAGGCAGCUGCUUUGGAGAAAGAGGCUAAGAAGGCGGCGGAGGAGAAGCGAAAGAAGGAGGAGGAGCAGAAGAGGGCCGCGGUCUCAGCCAAGCAAACGGACAAAAGUCGACCAGUGACAAGUACGCCUAUCGCUGGAACGCCAUGGUGUGUCGUAUGGACUGGAGAUUCCCGCGUUUUCUUCUAUAAUCCAUCGACUAGAACUUCGGUUUGGGAUCGCCCCGAGGAUUUGAUGAAUCGUGAGGAUGUUGACAAGGCGGUAAACGAGCGUCCGGAGCAAUUGAAGACUCCACAGGAGAAGUCGGCUGAAGCCGAUCAAAAAUCCGGCGAGGAGGCAACACAAGAGCCGGCUCAAACCCAAGUUCAGGCCCAACAACUGGAGCAGGUGCAAAAGGUGGAUGCGGAUGAUGAUGACGACGAUGAGGUUAUCAAGAUACGCACCGAGUCUGAGUCUAGUGUGGAAGAGGUGCCAACGAAACGAGUGCGAAUGAUUUCAAAGUCAAAGCGGGCAGAGGAUGCCGCCCUGGAGGCUGAGCAGCGGGCGGCCAAGGAGCGGGCCCUAGUACCCUUGGAAAUGCGCGUCACCCAGUUCAAGGAAAUGCUUCGGGAGAAGGAUGUAUCGGCUUUCAGCACUUGGGAGAAGGAGCUUCACAAGAUCGUGUUCGAUCCGCGGUAUCUUCUGCUAACUUCGAAGGAACGCAAACAGGUAUUUGAAAAGUAUGUGAAGGAUCGGGCCGAGGAGGAGCGUAAGGAGAAGCGGAACAAGAUGCGCCAGAAGCGGGAGGACUUCCGCAGCCUAAUGGAAGAAGCCAGGCUGCAUGGAAAGUCCUCAUUCUCGGAGUUCAGUCAGAGAAACGCCAAGGAAGAACGGUAUCGGGCCAUCGAGAAGGUCCGCGAACGGGAGAGUCUGUUCAACGAGUACAUCGUGGAGGUGCGCCGCCGUGAAAAGGAAGACAAGCAGCUGAAAAAAGAGCAGCCACUAGCUAGCAGGUUACAGCACAAAUGCACCACCCAAAACACCAAAAUACACAACAACAACAACAAGAACAUCAACAGCAACAGCAUCGAGAACCACCUGUACAACACCCUCGACAGUCUAUUCCGCCCGCCGUCUGCCAUCGCCGUCCACUGAUCUACUUGACCACGCACAUGUUUGCAAUCUGUGUGGUGAGUUACUUGAAACAUAACAAGCAAAAGCAUUAAAAUUUGUUUUUCUGCAAUAAGAGACAAAUUUGGAAUAAAAAAAAACCAUUAUAAAAAAAACAAUAAAAACAAAACUAUCGAAAGGUUGCCAAACUGAAAAUUACCUGAUAAUCGUUGGUGUGAUUUCCACUUCCCGCCCUACGCCCCACGUCGCCCCUCGGAUGUUUUAUUCGAUGUGAUGUGAUGUGAAGAAGAGGAUGUUGCGAUGAUGUAAUUGGCAUUGGGAUCAUGAGUGAUGAAGUUUGAAGUACGCGAUGGGCUCUCGGAGGGAUGCCACCGAGCAGGAAGCAUGCAAUGAGAGAUUGUUCCAGAGAUCCCGAGCGACUGCAAUUCGUGUGCAGGUGUCUGCGGCGCUAAGCAAACAGUAUGAAUAAUACUUAAUUUAAUUAACCCACUAUUUUUGUUUUGUUUUACAAAUAAUGUACACACUCAGAGCAGUUUGUCACCUGACAGAGGCAAGCCCAAGGAACCGAACUCAGCCCGAUCCCACCUGCACAGACCAAAGACGAUUGAUAUUCCAAAGCCAUGAUAUCCAGUUCUUUGCUCUGGCAGGUUUAGGCAGCGGCUCAAGUCGCUGGAAGGCUUAUUGCCCAUAUUAUUACCAUAUACCAUUAUUUUACUGUAGACCUAUCGACUAUUGUACCCUUCGGCCAUGCUGAAGUCUGAACAUCAAGGCCUGCUAACGAAUAGAGAAACUAAUUAAAGGGUAUAGAAAGUCCGUUAGCUGUUAUGCAUUUGUAAUAAUAUAAAUGUUAUCCGUGGAGUUGAAUUAUAUGUAACGAGUAGAAGAAAACAUUUCCGACAUCCGACUGUCCGUAUAAACUUCGCGCUUUCUAAACCUAAAAUAGCAAAAAAUGUAUGAGCAAGCAUGAAGAUUAUAUAUUUCAAGAGUUCCUAACUUGUCCGUGUUUCGUUCGAUUGAGUCUUUUCCAUGUUCUCUUAGCCGGCAGGACUUGAACUAACCCAACGUUCUCUUUUAGCAACGUCUCAAAUCUCUAAUCAAACACCCUCUCUUCCAGGCACAAAUCGUGUAACUAUGUUCAAUAGCUUAAUAAACAGUAGUCUUAAGUGUUAAGUUAGACAAUUAAGUAUAGAACGUUAAGUGAAACCGCAUCAAUUCCAGACCUCUAAUUCGAUCUCUAUGUGGUAUUUCUCUUCUCUUCCGCAUGCCUGUCAUGUGAAUAUUCCUUUCGCAUACACUUAAAAAACUCUAGA